GAUCGUCCCACCCUGCCAAGACUGCAGUGGCUUGCUAUCGCUAAUGGUCUUCCCCCCUUCUUGAGCUGGGCCUUUUGCAUUACAUACCGACGCCCUGUCUUCUCGCGCAAUUGUUUCUUACUCCGACACUCGCUUUCCACGUUCCUCCCGCCGUCCGCGCCCGGUCUUGAGCGCAUCGAUUCGAACCCGAUCCGACACUCGCCCACAUGAACUGAGCCGGUCUCGCCGUCGCGGCGCAUUCUGACAAUAGGCGGAUAAUACGUACGCGAGUGACUCGUCAUGUUCAAAGGCUUUGACGUUCGUGUCUGGCCUUCGCGCCUCGUCGUUCGCUACUUUGUCGUCUUCGUCGUACUCGCCUUCCUCUUCACCAACUACUACCUCUGGUCCGACUGGCAGACAUGGGACGUCGAUAGCUAUCAACCGCUCUCGGGCCCCGGGGUGGCACAGCACCCAAUCAAGAAGCUCAUGAAGGAUGCUCGCGCCCGUCAUGACGAGCAGUUGUCCCGCAGGAGUCUUGAUGUGGCGACUGCAGCGGCCAGGUAUCGAGAGGCUCGUGGGAGGCACCCCCCUCCCGGGUUCGACCUCUGGUUUCAAGCUGCGCUGGACACGGAUGCGGUGAUUGUCGAAGACUUCUUCGAUCGUAUAUACAAGGACUUGACGCCGUUCUGGGGCAUGGACACAAAGAUGGUCCGCGACAGGGCACACUCAUGGCCAUGGGUUGUGAGGGUUCGGAACGGCACGGCCCACGGUGACGGUAACGUCGAGGGUCGUGUGCCAUGGUUGCAGCUCUGGACGGGGUUAGUGGGAGAAUUUGCCGAAGGGAUGCCCGAUGUCGACAUGCCCAUCAACUACAUGGACGAGCCCCGGCUUCUCGUCCCUCACAACCAGAUCGCCAAGCUGGUGGCGAAGGAGGCCAAAGAGCGCAAGAUGCCCGAACCCAAGGACGUGACGAAAGAGUACCAAGGCCUGGCUGCAGUGGAUGAAGCCAAGCCAAAACUAUACGAUCCUCGAUGGUACGGCUUCGCAGACUCGGACUAUUGGUCUCUUGCCGCGAAGACGUGCGGCCCGAACACACCAGCCUACGGCGUGAAAGCAGAAAAGGACUUCUCGAAGCCCGCCGAGUUUCCUAGUCACUACAAGCCCAGCUACGUCGAAGAAGGCUACAUUUACAAUUGGACCUCUGCCAUGGACCCUUGCCAGCAGCCUCACCUACGUCAGCUUCACGGUAGCUUCGUCGAGCCCGUCAGCAUGUCCUCGACAGACGAACUCAUCCCGCUCUUUGGUGGGUCAAAGCUGCCAAUGAACAACGAAAUUCUCAUCCCUGGUGCCAUGUACCUGACAGACGACGAGUUCUACUCUGGCGGCGAGUCUCACGGCCCGCAGUGGCACUGGAAGAAGACAGCGGCUAUCUGGCGCGGAGAUGCCUCGGGUGGUCGCGCAAAGGCACACACCUGGCACCACUUUCAUCGACACCGUCUAGUUGACAUGCUCAAUGCGACGACCGUGUCCACAGCCGAGGCUUCGGGCAAGCGCCCGGUGACGUUUGAGCCCCCUGACACAAGCAUAUACUCUUCCUCCCGUGCAGAGAGCAAAGAGCUUGGGAAAUGGCUGGAAACUUUCGCUGAUGUCGGAUUCACCUACUUAUGCCCUCCCGAGCAGUGCGAUUAUCUCACAGACUACUAUCACGUAGUCGAACGGAUACCGAUGAAGACGCAGUAUACGUACAAGUUCCUGCCCGACGCUGAUGGUAACUCGUUCAGCGCGCGAUUCAGAGGAUUCAUGCGAUCGACGAGCGUUCCGCUCAAGGCCACCAUUUACGCAGAGUGGCACGACGACCGGCUCACACCCUGGGUCCAUUUCAUCCCGCUAGACAACACCUAUCGCGACCUCUACCCGGUGCUCGAGUUCUUCGGCGAUGGCCCUGGCGGUCAGGGCGAUGCUGCCGCCCGUUUCAUCGCCGAGAAGGGCCGCAUCUGGGCGGAGCAGGUGCUGCGACGCGAGGACAUGAAAUUGUACGUCUGGCGCUUGCUGCUCGAGUGGGCGCGCGUGUGCGACGACGAGAGGCACGCACUUGGCUAUGUGGACGAUUUGUUGCUGUGACGAGCUCUCCUUCUGCUUCGAUCACAUGAGCCGGCGUUUCGGGAGCAUUACUUCUUCACUUCUUCGAUGCAUAUUAGAUUGUAUUGUAGUCUACUACCUCAUUGCGCAGGCCACCGUUGGACAUGGGAUUGGGGAAACAAACACGUACACAGUAUGUUACGACGUGCACGGCAGCUGGUAGACCAGUAUGGAACUCCAUAAAUGUACUGGAUAUGUAUUUCUCUUCA